UUUUCAGACGCCCGGAAAGAACGCAAUAUGAGACUUCACUUGUUCAUCUUUGCUCUGCUCUUGACAGUGAUGGCAGCCUUUGCGUACAAAUCUACGGUCAGAUCACCGCCUCCAGGUGGUUGGAAACCUUUCCCGACUUUUCCCGGUCAGGGACCUUACAAUCCGAAAAUUAAAAGAUAUUAAAGAUAUUAAACGAUGAUUUUUAUUAAUAUCUAUUUGUAUUAACAUCACGUACUGAAAAAUGAUGCAUCUAUUAGAACUGCUCUUGCUUUUGUAAAACGAUCAAUCAUACGUACAACAAAUGUUGAGAUAAGACGACAUAUGGAGAUUUUGUAAUAAAAAAUAUAAAUUCAAGUAUAAUCUAAA